AUCAUAUGUUAGGGGAGAGGCAAACCGCUACAGUCGGACAAGAGUUGUCAGGAGUGGGCUCUAGUGAAGAGAGUAAAAGAGGGGCGAGGAAGAACACAUGAGUGCAAUGCCGAAUAAAACGAAAAAAGAUAAGGAAUCACCAAAGUCUGGAAAAGUUGGCAAAACGGGCGGUCAAGAGAAUGCCGAACACGAGGGUUCCAACAGGAAAGGCAGCAACAGCGUCCCACCUCCCACCCAGCUGCUGAAGGGGAAGCAGAGCGGAUCCCAGACGCCCGUCAAGAAGGACAAGCGCCCCAGCUCGUCCAGAUUCAGUCUCAGCAACAACCGGGAGCUGCAGAAACUUCCCGCCUUCAAAGAUGUGCCCCCAGCGGAGCAGGAAAAACUGUUUAUCCAGAAGCUGCGGCAGUGCUGUGUGCUCUUCGACUUUGUGUCCGACCCACUCAGCGACCUCAAAUGGAAGGAGGUCAAGCGGGCGGCGCUCAGCGAGAUGGUGGAGUACAUCACCCACAACCGCAACGUCAUCACCGAGCCCAUCUACCCAGAGGUGGUGCACAUGUUUGCCGUGAACAUGUUCAGGACGCUACCCCCUUCCUCAAACCCGACAGGGGCGGAGUUUGACCCGGAGGAGGACGAGCCCACGUUAGAAGCAGCGUGGCCACACCUUCAGCUGGUGUAUGAAUUCUUCCUGCGUUUCUUGGAGUCCCCAGACUUCCAACCCAACAUAGCCAAGAAGUACAUUGAUCAGAAAUUUGUGAUGCAGCUGCUGGAGCUGUUUGACAGUGAGGACCCCAGAGAAAGAGACUUCCUGAAAACCACGUUGCACCGCAUUUACGGCAAGUUCCUGGGCCUGCGAGCCUACAUCAGGAAACAGAUCAAUAAUAUAUUUUAUAGGUUCAUAUAUGAAACAGAACAUCACAAUGGAAUAGCAGAAUUAUUGGAAAUUUUAGGAAGCAUUAUCAAUGGCUUUGCCUUGCCUCUGAAAGAGGAACACAAAAUAUUCCUGUUGAAAGUGCUGCUGCCUUUGCACAAAGUCAAGUCCCUCAGCGUUUACCACCCACAGCUGGCCUACUGUGUGGUCCAGUUUCUGGAGAAGGACAGCACUCUCACAGAGCCGGUGGUGAUGGCGUUGCUGAAGUACUGGCCCAAGACGCACAGCCCCAAGGAGGUGAUGUUCCUCAACGAGCUGGAGGAGAUCCUGGAUGUCAUCGAGCCCUCGGAGUUCGUCAAGGUCAUGGAGCCGCUCUUCAGACAGCUGGCCAAGUGUGUGUCCAGCCCCCACUUCCAGGUGGCUGAGAGGGCCCUGUACUACUGGAACAAUGAGUACAUCAUGAGCUUGAUCAGUGACAACGCAGCCAGGAUACUGCCCAUCAUGUUCCCCUCCCUCUACCGCAACUCCAAGACCCACUGGAACAAAACAAUCCACGGGCUCAUCUACAAUGCUCUGAAGCUCUUCAUGGAGAUGAACCAGAAGCUGUUUGAUGACUGCACCCAGCAGUUCAGGGCGGAGAAGAACAAAGAGAAGAUGAAAUGGAAGGAGCGCGAGGAGGCCUGGAUAAAGAUUGAGAAUCUGGCCAAGUCAAAUCCACAGUUUCAGACGUACGUGGACCCGUCCGGUCUGGGCAGCCCGAUGGACAUGGAGACGGACGGGCCUCUGCUGGACGAUGUCAACAUGCUGAGGAAGAACGUGGAGGAGGGGGCCACACAGCCCCACGAGCCCCGUAAGGAGCGUCCCCUGGUGCGACGCAAGUCGGAGCUGCCUCAGGAUGUGUCCACCGUCAGAGCCCUGGAGACGUACCGCCGUGCCGAAGAGGUCCUCACCCCCGCUGAUGCCCACUAGAGGACCACACAAACACACACACACACACAUACGUCCCCAACACAGGACAAGUUAGGUCUAGGAGUCCAUUAACCCUCCAACUCCAUACACACACACAUGCAGAGGCCAGGGGGUCCUCUGGCCGUCGUCUAAGAGCCCAGCCCACUCUACUGACCCCCACCCCGCCCGUACACUGGGCAUUUUAUGUCCGUCGUUUUUUCUUUUCUGUCAGUCUGUCUCUUUUAUCUCUCUCUUGCUCUUUCUCUCUCUCUCUCUCUCCCUCUUCCUCUGUUCUCAGGUCUUUAACCCCCCACCCACCCCUGGCUUCACAGCAGCAUCGCUACGUGCCUGUCCACCACUGACGGUCGAUCAGACUGCGUCUCUAAGCAAACCCGAAAAGUGGCAACAAUGAGAAAGGUGCCUGGCAUGGGCUGCCGUCAUGGACUUGAGUAGAAAAAAACGACGUGUGUGUGUAGAUGUGUGUGUGUGUGUGCGCGCAACAGAGUGGACUUCGGAAGGACAUGGGCAAGGAGAAGCCCCUCCUCAUGCCUCUUGACCCAUGAACUUUGACCUUUGAGGGGUAGUGGGGUCAGCCGCUAAGGCUGUGAGCUCUGUGCCUGUGAUGGCUCACAACUGUAUGUAUGUAUGUAUGUAUGUAUGUUUGUUUCUUUUUUAACUGUUGGUUUGAUUUGGCAAUGGGGACUGUCAGCCAAAACGUGUGUUAUGUCACACAAAAGAUACUAUUAUUAUAAUAAUUAUUAUUAUUAUUAAAAGUUUCUUUUUAAAAAAAGAAAAAAAAACAUGCUGACCUAUUAGAAUGUGGUGAAGGCAGAAUUGGACUACUCUUCUGUAGAAACAUAGAUUUGUGCCAACUUGAGUCUAUUUUCUUUACUCUUUUUUUUAUUUCUAUUUUAAUGCUGUAUAAUACUGUUGGCAAUACCUUCACCCCUGGCACGGCUUGGUGGUUCAAACAAUGGUCUACAAGCCGGCAUCAUAAUGGAACAACUUCUUCAGUGUUUGGUUUUGUUAAAACAUAGAAAAGCUUUUUUACACACACACACACACACACAUAAAUCCUCCCAUUCUUCAGUAAGGAGUUGGACGCUCUCUGCCCCACACACUCACCUGAUAAAAUGCAAAAUGCGCACGCUCCAACUCUACACCUCUCUUUCUCUCUCUUCCCCCUCUCACACACUGUCUCCCUCCAUCUCCCCUCCCCCUUGAGUCGUGUGCAUGUGAAUUUCCAGUGCAGCCGUGUCGGCUGGUCCUCCAGCAGCGUUCCUCUGCGGUGUGCGCCGGCAUCUCUGCCCAGAUAUGGGCCCUCGUGCCUGGGGCCCCCAGGGCCAGUUGGCUCCCGUCCUCCUGCUUCUCCGGGGGGCAGUACGGCCCACAAACGGAGCUUUUCAUUCGGAAGCCUUUGCUCAAGCGGAAGAGCACAGAGGGCCACCUGCGGCCUCACGCCACACUCCUCACAGUGGCAUGGGACAGACCUCAGCCUCUGGAGAGCUGAAGGGAAAGACGCAUCUGUGUCUAGUGUGUGUGUGUGUGUGUGUAUGUAUACCUCAUCAUCUGCUGCUUAUUUGAUUUGGCUUAAGAAAAAACGUAUUGCCACCCCUGACAACUUUCAGCACAUCCGCAACGAACCCCUCACCCCCUCCUUUAUUUUCAAAAAAAAAAUAAAGUCAAAUAAUUUUAACAGUAAUUUUAUCCUGACCUGCCACAGAGAGAUGGGUUUUCAGACAGCAUGAUGUCUUUUUUUACGUUGAUUCAGUGAAGGCAGCGGCGUCUCGUCAGUGCAGACAGCAUGGACUCCCAUCAAACAUCCCUAACUACCCGGACACUAGUGGAGGUGAAAUGACCAGACUUAGUGUAUGCCUAAACGGAAAGGCAAGAGCGCCCCUGUGUGGCCACAGAUGGUAGCACUGGACCAACCGCUGGUCAGGUGAGGCUACUCACCUGUAGGAGGCUGGUAGAUGGUAGAUAGCCAAAGAGGUCACUGAACAUCCAACGAGCCCUUUUAUAUCGACUUAAACACCUAGAUGAUGGACGUGACGUGUGUGUGUGUGUGUGUGUUUUGGGGGGUGGAUUCGGCCUCUCUCACAGUAUCCACCUCUCUUUGUGUGUGUGUUUGUGAAUCUGUCUGUGUCGUUUCUGUGGGUGAGCCCUCAUCCUUCCUCCCACUCUUCAGUGUUUGGUUCCCUGGAACUUGGGACCAUUGUUUGAUUCCUCAGUUCUCAUGGUUCCCCUGAGCUGGGGACCGUUGUUUGAACCUCUACGUCGUGUCCCAGGCUGGUGUUCUGCUGAAGCUGGUGUUUUGGGUGUCCUUCCUGUCUGUGAAGUGUGUCAAGAUGCUUGCGAGUUUGUUUUAUUUUGUCUUCUUUUGCCUGCGAAAGCUUGUCCAUGUUUGAAUGUGCAAACUGUAAAUAGAAACUAUCCAUGAUUACAUUUUCAGUUUAUUUUUGUUGGUUUUGCUUUACUUUUCUUUUUUUUCUUUUUCUUUUUAUUAUGGAAGAAUAGCACUCACCAAUACUUUUUCAUUGACUGAUGUCCCUUGUAGUCGGACAAGAGUAGUGUGUCUAAGGAUAGGUCUGUUUACAUGCGUUUAGCAUCUCCUCUGCUCUCUUCCGAAUGCUUUUUGACUCAUGAAGGGUUCUCACAGCCUCUAACUAGGACUCCAUUGUAAUUUCAUGCCACCAUGUUUGGUGACUGUUGUUCUUCAUUUACAUGGCUUUAAUUCUUAACCUCCUGAGGCUUUUAAUUUAAUAUAUUUUUCUUUACAAAAUAUUGCAAAGUGUCCUUUAGUAUGCGUCUUGUACUAAAUGGCUUCAUAUAUUGUAUAUAUAAUGGACUUUUAUUUUAUGCUGUUCUAUCUAUAAUAAAUGGUAGAUUUCAUAUUUUGUACAAAACAAAAAAAACUGUGUACAGAAUCAAAAGGUUAUCAGCAACUGCAGAGUCACAGACUUCUAUACAUGUAACUUUUUUGCAUUAGAUCUGUUUAGAAUUUGAAUUCUAACAUUUUUUUAUGGAUUUGUAAUUGGAGACAUUUUGGUUUCAGCAUUUGGAGCGUCUGUGAUGCGAGCCCGUAUUCAUUAGCCUCGUGUGUUUACUCUUCUCUUCUCUUCUCCCAGCGUCUCAAGUGGUGUAUAUCUCUAUAUACAGGAAAUAAAGCAAACGUGAGUUUUAUAUUUUCA